AUGUUAAACAAAUAACAAAAGUAAUCAAUUUGGUCAGGUAGUGUUUAUGAAGGGGACAUGAAAGAUGGAUGGUAUCACGGAAAAGGAAAAUUCAAAUACCCUAAUGGAGUAAUUUAUGAAGGAGAUUUUGUUAAAGGUCAAUUUCAUGGAGAAGGAAUAUUGAUAUAUCCAAAUGGUGGUAAAUAUAAAGCACAUUGGGAACAUGGCAAAAUGAUUAAGGGCGAUUAUUACUUUUAAGAUAAUUUAAAAUACGAAUCAGAAUAAUGGAAUUAUUGCUAGGGUGAAGACAGAAGAUUCUAUCCUGAAAUGUUAAAUGGUAUUAAACCUGCAGGUGCUACUUAAAUGACAAAAGAAGAAAAAGCACCACAUGACAUACCUGAAGGGACUUAUGAUGUUGGUGAAGGUUAUUAUGAGCCUAUAAAAUCUAUUAUAUAUGAAUAUGAUGGUAAGAUACUUAGAACUCCAAGUGAGGCAGAAGUAGAAAACAUUCUUAAAAAGUGCAGAUAUAACCCAAGAAAAUCAUUAGUUAUAACAGGAGAAAACGAUAAGAUUAUUAAAAGUGUAACAGAUCCUUCAAAAUAAAAUAAAAUUUGA